UCAGCCUAAAUAAGUUCUCUCCUAGGGAGGAGGAGCAGGAAGCCAAGCCUUGCAGUCAGACUCUCAUCGCAAUCAGGAACAUGGACCUGGAUGCUUCAAAGCAUUAUUAAAAAUGUUUGGAUCCCCAUGAAGCCUUACUAUACCCAAGUUUACCAGGAAAUUUGGAUAGGAAUGGGGUUGAUGGGCUUCAUCGUUUAUAAAAUUAGGAGUGCUGAUAAAAGAAGUAAAGCUUCGAAAGGUUCAAGUCCUGGUCCUGCUCAUGGUCAUUAACCAGCUUUACUUGGAAAGCACAUGAGAUGAAACAUCAGUCUGCCUGUAAAUUUAAGCAAGCUGUGUUAGACGGGAACAUGGAACAUCACUGUACACUUAUAUAAGUACCAUGGACUUCUCGGCAUGAAUAAAUGUGUGUGAGAUCACUACUACCCA